CGCUGAAGCUCGUACAAGUCCUCUCAUGACUUCUUUCUUUCUCUUUCUAUUCUUUCAAGUUACUGUGUCGUGUAAGCAAAGAUUAGUGAAAAAGGGUAGUUCGGAUCUAAAGAGUAUUAGUCAAGUGGAAGAGGAGCAGAAUGAAAAAAAACUAAGAUUAGUGUUGUUGAUAAGCACCGAAUUGGCAGCUUAGAUUUAAAAUUAGUGAAAAAUUAGUUCAAAAUGUUGUAUUAAAAUUCUUCUAAUCUCAAAUUCAAAGCACCAAUAUUAUUUGUAAUCAAAUCCUUAAAUCAUCAUUCUUUUAUAAACUCGUGUUAAAAGUAACGUAGGUCAUUUCUAAGUUAAAUUACCAACCUAAAAUCCAGUUUGGUUUGUUGGAUUUGUCUAAUCCUAUUUAAAGAAAUUGUACCUUAAGGGUGUUUUUGAAAAAAAAAAAAAUAAUAAUAAUAAUAAUAAAAUUGGCAGGGGAUAAACAACACAAAUAAUGGGAUGGAUUAAAUGGACUACAGUUAUGAGGGACUCUUGUUUCCAUGCCUAUAUUUUGUGGGUGAGAAUUAUAUAUCUUUUAACUUAUUUAACAAAAAAGGAAAAAAAAAAAAGAGAAAAAGAAAGAACUAAAUAAACCACUUUAUUAGAUAGAUUUUUUUUUUAAAAAAAGAGUUUAAUAAACGAUGUUUGGGAGAAUCCAUACAAUUUGAGGCCAUUUUAGCUCACCGAAUCGCUGACGCGAUUAAUAAAUUAUACAACUAUACAUGCUAUUUAUAAAAAUAAAAAAAUAAAAAGAAGAAAAUCGUGACCCGACCCUGUUCUAUUACCCGACCCUUUCUCAAACCAUUUUCAAAGCAUGCCGUUGAGGGUUUAAAUAUUUAAAUCGUUACCAAACAACCCUAUUGAAAAUGGAAGGCCGAGAUUGCUACGUGAGUCAAUUAUUCCCGUUGUUAUAUUAGAACAUGUUCGACGUUUAGCAGAGGAUUUGAACUACGUUGUCCGCCCCUUUUUAUGUUGGAAUAGAGCUCCUUCAGAUCGUUCUUACUGUCUCUCUCUCUCUCUCUAAAACUCUAUCUUCUCUCUCUAAAUUCGCCGAGCAUCUGCAGGUUCCUCUCUCUGUCUCCACUGGGACUUGCAAUGCGCGGUGAGUCGGCAGACUCUUGGACUCCAUUUCUCAUCCGAUUACAUUAUUUUCAGCACACUUCGCCUGUGAGUUUAUCCUGCAAAAGGGUAGAUCCUGCCACAUCUUAGAGAAAUUGAUAAUGAUUUGGGUAAGACAUUACGGGAAGAAUUGCCGUCGUGCUGGAAUCAGGAUAUGUAGAUUUGCUUUUCUGUCAAAUGACUAUGAGAGGUGAUAAGAUUAGUACUACUACUUCAGACGGGGUUGGUGAUGGUUAUCAGAAAUUGCGACCUCCACACGGGAGGACUAGUGGCCCUACGAGGCGUUCUACGAAGGGACAGUGGACAGCUGAAGAGGAUGAGAUUUUGCGCAAGGCUGUCCAACGUUUUAAAGGGAAAAAUUGGAAAAAGAUAGCGGAAUGUUUCAAGGAUCGAACCGAUGUACAGUGCUUACACAGGUGGCAGAAAGUUUUGAAUCCAGAACUUGUCAAAGGUCCAUGGUCUAAAGAGGAGGAUGAAAUAAUAAUUGAAUUAGUGGACAAAUAUGGGGCAAAAAAAUGGUCUACCAUUGCACAGCAUUUACCUGGACGAAUUGGGAAGCAAUGUCGGGAAAGGUGGCAUAAUCAUCUUAAUCCCACCAUAAACAAGGAGGCUUGGACACAGGAAGAGGAAUUGGCUUUAAUUCAUGCCCAUCAAAUUUAUGGGAACAAGUGGGCAGAGUUAAUGAAAUUCUUGCCUGGAAGGUCAGACAAUGCCAUAAAAAAUCAUUGGAACAGCUCUGUGAAGAAGAAACUGGACUCUUACUUGACAUCAGGAUUACUAGUGCAGUUCCAAGGCCUCCCUCAUGUCAGCCAUCCGAACCAAUCCAUGGCUUCGUCUUCUUCAAGGGUGAUACAGACCAGUGGGGAGAAUGGGAUAGAAGCGGAGGAGAUUUCAGAAUGUAGUCAAGGUUCAAAUGUUGUUGGUUGUUUGCAAUCUACAAGUGACAUGGUCAAUGUAGAUGCACAUGCUAGAGAAGAAUGCCGAUUAACUGAAGAAUCUUCUCAUGGAAAGAAUCCAUGCUCCAGUCCAGCAUCAUGUUCUGAGCAUUAUCACGUAGCUCUUGAAGAUGUUGCUUUUUCAACUCCAGAAGUACUUUACGAAUUUGGUGACUCCUCAAACCUUGAUCACAAUUUCUCACACGAUUGGGGAAUUUCUGCAGGUAAAGAUUGGCAGCAUAAUUUGAAGGAGUCAUCUGAUAUAACUUCAAUGGAUUUGGGACAGGAAUCAUCAGGGUUGUUGAUGCAUUCUAUAGGUGGCAAUGGAAAUCAUGAGGCGGUACAUUUCCCAUUACAAACUACUGAGGGUUUAAGUGUGUCUACUUCCGUGGGAAACAUGAUAACAGAUUCUGAUAAAACAGAGUGCAUGUUGAUAUCCGAAGAUAGCAGUUGCAGGGUGAUAUUCUCAGAUACAAGGACUGAUGGAGGGAAUCUUAUGGAGUGCUCAAAUAUCAACUUAGAUGGAUCCACAGAUUCAUUACUAUACCAAUCAUCAAACUGUCAGCUCCCCGAAGUUUCAGGCACUUUAGCUUCACAAUCAUAUUAUCCUCUGAGGUCUGAGAUUCUGGAAUCGUCAGAAUGUCAGCCGUUUUCUGUUCCUCCACUACUUUCAGAUGAUGUUGCACCUAUCUUUGUUAAUGAUUCGAAUCAGUUUGAUAUUCUUUCACUUGAGAACCAAGAAGAGGAGCCAACCAUAGGUUUACAUGAUGGCUUCAUCUAUGCCAAUGACACUGCCGGUACUCCUUGCAGUGACAGCAUGGAUAACAUGGGCCUGCAAAUGCAACAGGAUCAGACAAAGGACUCCACAAAGCUAGUUCCUGUGGAUGAUUUUGGUUCGGUACCAUCAAAUGAUAAAACUUGCCCUUCAAUGGAUGAAAGUGCAAUUGUACCAACUGAACAGCAGGAUGCAGGAUCUCUAUUUUACGAACCUCCUCAUUUUCCUAGCCUGGAUAUUCCUUUCUUUAGCUGUGAUCUAGUUCAAUCUGAUAGUGAUAUGCAGCAAGAGUACAGCCCUCUUGGUAUCCGACAACUCAUGAUGCCUUCCAUGACCUGUUUCACUCCAUUUAGGUUAUGGGACUCACCGUCUAGGGAUGGUAGUCCAGAUGCAGUGCUGAAAAGUGCUGCCAAAACUUUUACAUGCACACCAUCCAUAUUGAAGAAACGGCACCGUGAUCUGUUGUCACCUUUGUCAGAGAAGAGGAGUGAGAAAAAAUUUGAGAGUGACAUGAAUCAGUUUUCAUUUUCCAGCUUGACCAAAGAUUUUUCCCAAUUAGAUGUUACAUUUGAUGGCAAUGCGAACCAGAAAGCAUCUUUGCGUUCUUCAUUGUCAAACCAGAAAAGGAAUUCCACAAUCUCGUCCAAAGAUAAAGAAAAUCUGGGUCAUGAUUUUGAAGUGGGCAAAGAUGACACUGGACUUUUGGACAAAAGAAACUCAGAGAAAGAGUUUGAUAGCACUAUUUCCCAGGACAAGGCAGGGGAAGGGACUUCUGCCACUGAUCCUAAAACUAAGGGUUUAGUUGAUGCAGCGGUUCGAACUGUGCAACAUCCUUCUGGAAUCCUUCUUGAACAUGACAUAAACGAUCUACUUUUCUUUUCCCCUGAUCGAUUCGAAAUUAAAUCAGACAGAGCCAUGGGUCCAAGUUCUAAAACUCUUGGAAAUCAGCAUUCUAGAAGAUUGGAGGCUGCACCAAAUCAAGGCACUCUUUCAGAAUUUUCAUCCACAAAUUCCCACUUACCUGUUGUUACCUCUACAGUUUGUGAGAAGAAUGACACAAAUCAUUUGGUUGCUUCUAAGUCUGUAAAAUCUGCUACUACAUUGACCCCCUUAAAGAUUACAGUUGAAAAUUCUGGGAAUAAUGCUGGUGUUGAAAACUUGAGCAUAUUCGGCGGAACCCCUUUCAAGAGAAGUUUCGAGUCCCCUUCAGCUUGGAAGUCCCCCUCAGCUUGGAAGUCCCCUUGGUUCAUUAACUCUUUUCUGCCGGGUCCAAGAGUUGAUACUGAUAUAACAAUUGAGGAUAUAGGGUAUUUUAUGAGCCCAGGGAACAGAAGCUAUGAUGCCAUUGGAUUGAUGAAACAGUUGAGUGACCAUACUGCAGCUGCAUUGGCUGAUGCGCAGGAGGUUUUGGGAAAUGAAACUCUUGAAACAGAAUUAACAGAAAAUGACUACCACAAUCAGAAACUGGACCGGGAAAAUAAUCAUAUUGCUGAUAGUCAGCCAGAGAACCGUGACAUUGUGGCUUCAAAUGUAUUGAAAGAGUGGCGUGUUCUUGAUUUUAGUGAAUGUGGGACUCCUGGUAAGGGGACAGAAAGCGCGAAAUUGUCUACGUCCACAAGCUCCUUAAGUCCAUCUGCCAUCUUUUGAAGUGCUGCAGGUAGUAGUAAGUUGUUAUAGCUAUAGAGGAGUAUUCUGUAAGAUAUUACUGUAGAACUAAUACAUGUGUGCAUAUCUGCCUUUUUUGGCUUCUCAAUCUUUGUUAUGGUGUAUGGAUUUUGAUAUAAUUACUAAUAGAUUAAAGAUUGUUCUUGUGCUUUCUGAUUUAUC